AUGUCUUACAUUGAUGGUGAGCCUGCAACAACAUAUUCGAUCGAACAAGUGCUUCCUGAAGUGCGUGAAUCUACCGCUAUCAAUAACGAAGCAAGAAAACUACAGUGCCAAAAUGACGCUCCGACUAAUAUACAAGACUAUUCGCCCAAGAAACGAACAAAUAUCACUGAGCCGAACGGGACUCCGACAUCAUCCAAUACUCCACUCCCAAAACCGCAAGGUAACCAUAAUAUAGUGCCGAAGUCGCCAUUCCUACCGGGCUCUUGUAGAACGCCUGCUCUAAUAGUGUGUCAACAUGAAGAGGAGAGCAGGAUUGAACCAUCAAGUGUAAUGCAGCUACAAUCACCUUUAGUAGAGAGCUCAUCUCCACCGGGACAAAUGGAUAUCGUCCAAUUUCCUACCGAUAAGCUUUUAGAAAUGUUAACAGGCCUACUCUAUAAGAUUAUCACAUCUAAUGACCGUCUAAUGCCGUUUGAACAAGACAAACAUGACGUAAAGAACAAAUAUGUUGCUCAUGUUUUGAGUUUUAGGGGGAAACAUAUCCCAGCAAUAACACUAGGCGACUACUUUGCUCGAAUACAGAAGUACUGUCCAAUUACAAAUGACGUUUUUCUUUCACUUUUGGUUUAUUUUGAUAGAAUCGCAAAGCGCUGUAAUGCGCUAGACCCACAGCUUUUCGUUAUGGAUUCAUAUAAUAUCCAUCGCCUAAUUAUAGCAGCCGUAACCGUAAGCACGAAAUUUUUCAGUGAUUUCUUCUACAGCAACUCUCGCUAUGCGAGAGUAGGCGGAAUUUCGUUACAGGAACUAAACCGGCUUGAACUACAGUUCUCAAUUCUAUGUGACUUCGAGCUCAUUGUGUCUGUCCAGGAAUUACAGCGAUAUGCCGAUCUGCUUUACAAAUUCUGGCGCAGAGAACAUCAGCAGGACCUUCCUAUUAAUGUGAAGUGUCCAAACCCUUAG